AUGUCUUUUAUGGGUGAAGCAAGUGCUGACUGUGGACCAGUCAAUCCAAUGGCCGGCCUCAUGAAGCAGUUUGGACAGGAUAGAUCGCUUCAACAGGAUCGUUUUGGCCCUGAGCAAAGAGGAGAAAGCUCCAAGCCAUCGUUUCGUACUAGAAAUGCAAACUUUGCGCCAGGAGCAGGCUCUUCGAUGAGCGAAGAGUUCUUUAGAGAUGGCGCUAAUAUGGAGAGACCAGACACCAAUGUCUUUGAAUUCAACGGUCUCAACCGAGAAUUAGAAAUGAUGCAACCUCAUCAACCACCACCACAAGCAUUACAAGCACCAGCACCAGCAGCGGCAAAUUGGGCUGCAGAUUUCAUGCAACAUCAACCUAUGAAUCAUGGCUCACAACAAUUUGAUGAAUUCGAGAAAAUAUACCAGCAACGAGGCCAUCCACGCCAACAGAUUGUGCACGGUGCCAACUGGAACGAGGAGUUCGAGGCAUUUCAAGCAAGCCAUCCAGGCCAUGUCUUGACUCAUCACGAAAGAGCUGCUUUUGAAAGAGCCUUUGACGAAGCAAAACAAGGAGCACCACAGGCAGUGAAUUGGGAGCAAGAGUUUGCAGCACAGGAAUCAUGGGCCACCGAAUUUGAGCAAGAGAACAAACCCACAGUAGUCAAUAACGAUAACGAUGCACUUGCCAGAACAGCUGCCAUGCUACUGGAUUCCGUGGAUACAGAAACCAACCCCAAGUUUAAAAACUCACAAUUCAUGAAUUUGAUGCGAAAAUUACGAGACAGUGAAGUGGCCAUUGAAGGCGACAAAAUGGUGGAAACUGGUAAAUCAACAAACGGUGUUGCAGGCAAUGAUUGGGCCAGUGAAUUUACACAACAUGCUGGCUCUGCUCGUAGUGGCAACAUGUGGUCAAAUGAGUUUGCUGCCAAAGCAGAACGAGGCUGGACAUCUGAAUUUCAUCGUGAACAAAAUCAGCACCAACAGCCUGGAGAUUGGGCGUCUGAAUUCUCUGCUAAACAGCCUCAAAUGCAACAGGUCUUUGGCAAAGGCAGUGAAAUGGACGACUGGGUUCAGCAAUACAACCAAAAUAUUGCUCAUCUAAAAGAUGCUCAAGAUCACGAAUGGGACUCUAUGCAAAAGGAUUGGGAGCGAUUCAGACCUGAGCAAGGCAUGGGAUACCGUGCCACGAAUCCUGAAUACAACAUCUACAACUUUACCACCAACAACCCCUAUUUAUUGAACCCGAGUGCCAUUGACAGUGUGGAUCACAGCAAUUUGGCAGUGUCCAUCCUGGCUUUAGAAGCUAAGGCUCAAUUACAAACAUCCGAUGCUGGUGCUUGGAAAAUGCUGGGUCUCCGACAACAAGAAAAUGAACGAGAUGGUGCUGCUAUUGCUGCUUUACGAAAGGCAUUGGAAAUGAACCCUUCUCUGUUAGAUGGCUGGUUGGCUCUGGCUGUCAGCUAUACUAAUGAAAACUGUCGUGCUGAUGCAUACGACGCCUUGGAGCAAUGGAUUGCUAAUCAUCCUCACUACAAGCAUUUAGCCAGUGGUAAAGGCAAGAUGGGACCAGAGGGUCGCCAUGGUUACAUUACCAACAUGUUUUUGGAAGCUGCUAGAAGCUCUCCUGGUGAGGAAAUGGAUGCUGAUGUUCAAGUCGGUUUGGGCGUCUUGUUCAAUGUCUCUGAGGAAUACGAAAAGGCCAUUGAUUGCUUCAAGGCUGCUUUAGCAAGUAAACCACAAGACUACCUGUUGUGGAACAAGCUGGGUGCUACACUGGCCAAUUCAAGAGACUCUGCUGGCGCUAUUGAAGCUUAUUUCAAUGCUUUAGAGAUCAGUCCUACCUAUGUCCGUGCAAGAUACAACUUGGCCAUCAGCUGCAUCAAUCUUGGUCAACACCGUGAGGCAGCAGAACAUUUGCUCACUGCAUUGGCAUUGCAGCAAUCAAACGAUGGUAGCAACGGCGCUGGUGGAUCAGUCAUGAUUGAUGAGCACGGUAACCAAGUCAGUGUGCCUGGUGGUAUGGGUGAUAAUGUAUGGGGCAGUCUUCGUAUGCUCAUGUUAAAUAUGAACCGUGAAGAUUUGGCUAGACACUGUGACAAUCACAACUUGAACGCCUUUCGUUCAGAAUUUGAGUUUUGA